GAAGCUCCACUCGCUUGUUUUGAUUUGUUUACGAAUUUUGGCAAAACAUUGUUAUCAAACGGAGUUUGUUUCUACCUUUGAAAAAACAAUUUUUCAGUGAAACAUUGCCUUAAAUAAGCAAUGGAAACCGAAGAAGUUCAAACCAAAAUGAUGCGCUCGCUGCGCAAGCAAAAGUACAAACAGCUGCUGGAGGAAGGUGCCGAACUGGGGCUACGAGCAGAAACGGCCGACCCGGUGGAAACGUUUCAGGCCGUGACGAACAUUCUCGAGGCCAGCAAUGCGCUGCAGAGCGAGGGUCGCGUCAAAGAUCGGGCCGAAAAUGCCACCGAGGUGCUGAUGGAUGCCCAGGUUCUCAAGAUGAGUCACGAUGUGGUUCACGCGGCAAUGCAGAAAAUGGGCAACUCUGAGUUUUCGGACGAUGAACUAGUGGCGGUUAUCCUUUCCAAAUUUGACUCAGAACAGGAAUCAGAGAAUUGGAGUAAAAUCACGCGCGAAGCAGCGUCCGUUUUCCGCAUCAGUAAGCACAGCCAAUCGCUUUACGGUACCUUCGAGCCGGACCCUGUCGUCACCGAAAAGGUCGUCAAACAACGCGCCCAACGGCAAAAGGCCGACUUCGGCCAGGCUAAAAAGCCGGAAACAGUGGCCAAAUUGCAAAAGAAGGAAAAAAGUGGUCAAAAGCUGAAUCUAAUUUUCAAUCAAAUCGUACGGAUAUACGAGCAACAGCGGGCACCGAUUCCGUACUUCAAACUGAUUCUCGAUCCAGAUGAUUUUAUGAACACGGUGGAUAAUGCUUUCCAGAUUUCGUUUCUGAUACGAGACGGCCGGGUUGCGCUGGAGGGAAAGGAUUACCAGGAUCCCGUGGUAAGGCCAACCACGCAGAAGGAAAACGAGCAAGCGCCACAGAUGGAAACGACCCAGGCCAUACUGGGGUUGAAUCCACGCAAAUGGAGAGACAUGAUAGAGCGGUACGACAUGACGGAACCCAUGCUUGUACUGAACCGAGAUGAACUGGACGCUACACAGCAAUCACAAGCGUAAUUAUUGGGAGAAUAGGUUAAACUUAUUUUAGUUUUGUUUUACCUUGUAGUUAGAACUUACGGAGCCACUAAUAUUUUUAAUAAAAUAAAUGUUAUUUCGAAACUUUUAAA